UAAACAAAAUGGCAAAAUCUAGUAAGGUGCUGCUAGUAACUUUUUUAAUAUUUAUCACAAAACUUUAUGUCAUAAAAGGCAAUGAAAAUAUUUUUGUAUCGAACCAAAAGAAUGUUUAUUUCAUUGAAAGUGAGCAAAAGUUUACCUGGUAUGAUGGUCUGGCAAAGUGUGCCAGCAUGAACAUGAGUUUGGUGACCAUCGAUUCUAAGCUUAAAUCUGAAGAGAUAACGGCCUUGUUGAAUGAUAUAUUUGGCAAAAAAACAAAUCUGUGGAUGGGUGGCGCUGUUAAUGAAGAUAAUCCCAGACAAUUUGUAUGGAUCUCCACUGGUAGAAAAUUCACUUACACCAAUUGGGCUAAUGCACAACCAGAUUUUGCUAGCAAUAAUGAAUAUUGUGCCCAAACUGGCUGGACCAACGCAAUGGAAUGGAAUGAUUAUAAGUGUUUCAAUAAACUUGGUUUUAUGUGCGAAUACAGUCAUCAAUAUCAAGGGGAAAUGCAAAAGAAAGUCCAAGAGGAAAUGAUAAAACAACAGCAAGUAGAGUUGAAGGAAAUGGUGGGGCAACUGCUGCAUGGUCUUAAGAAGGUUGAUGGGGAAAGUCGAACAUUUCGUGAUAUAGUUUUUAAUAUUAAUCCACAUAAUCCUUAAGUAAAAUGCGGGAUUUUGCAUAAAAUAAGUGUAAGGUUUUUUAUCUAAAUUAUAAUUUAUGGUACUUAACUGAGUGAAAUUGAGAUUGUGUCUACAAUGACGCACAGUGCACUACAAGAAUUAUGCUUCAUAAAUCCAAUGAAUCAAUUUCAUUAGAAUUUUUCAUUAAUCCAAUGAAAUAUUUCACAACGUGAAUUGUAUUUUUUAGAUACAACGCAAGAAUUUCAUUAAAAUUGCUUCAUUAGA